AUGGCUGACUCGGAUGAGGAAUACGUGGGAGACGUGACCGAGGACGAGGACGAUUUCCCGGUCGCCCGGAAUGACCGAACUCGCUCCGGAAAGCGAAAGCAGCGCGGCGGCGCAGAGUGGGAGCUCUCCCGGACCUGGGAGACGCUAGUGGAGGGUGCCGAUGGAACGAUCAGCUCCACGGUCGAAGGACUACUUGAAGCCGGGAAGCGAAAGAGGUUGUUGAAAGAUACGACUCCUCUACAGCGCGGUAUCAUACGACAUGUCAUCCUGAUCCUCGAUCUUUCACAGUCCAUGUCCGAGAAAGACCUGCGGCCCACGCGAUACCUCUUGACUCUUCGAUACGCUCAGGAGUUCGUGCGAGAAUUCUUUGAGCAGAACCCCAUCUCUCAACUCGGGGUCCUGGGCCUACGGGACGGUCUGGCACUUCGAGUAAGCGACAUGAGCGGCAAUCCGACAGAACAUCUUGCGGCCAUCCAGUCACUCAAGAUCCAGGACCCGAAGGGCCUUCCCAGUCUCCAGAAUGGUCUUGAAAUGGCCCGAGGGGCCCUCUACCAUACCCCCAGUCAUGGUACCAGAGAAGUUCUGAUCAUCUUCGGGUCCCUCCUUUCUUCCGAUCCCGGAGAUAUACAUCAGACGAUCAAUACUUUGAUUGGCGAUAAGAACGAAUGGAGGCGAUGA